CCCGGACCCCCCGAACCGGAGCCGCCCCCGGCCCGGCCCCGCUCCCUCGGCCCCGGGGGGGGCCCGGACCCGCCCCGGCCCCGCCGCCCCGGCCCGGCAGGAUGAUCAAGCUGUUCUCGCUGAAGCAGCAGAAGAAGGAGGAGGAAUCGGCGGGCGGCACCAAGAGCUCCAGCAAAAAGGCCUCGGCCGCGCAGCUCCGCAUCCAGAAAGACAUCAACGAGCUGAACCUGCCCAAGACGUGCGAGAUCGAUUUCUCGGACCAGGACGAUCUGCUGCACUUCCGCCUGCUCAUCUGCCCCGACGAGGGUUUCUACAAGGGCGGCAAAUUCGUCUUCAGCUUUAAGGUGGGCCAGGGCUACCCCCACGACCCCCCGAAGGUGAAGUGUGAGACGAUGGUGUACCACCCCAACAUCGACCUGGAGGGCAACGUGUGCCUCAACAUCCUCAGGGAGGACUGGAAGCCGGUGCUGACCAUCAACUCCAUCAUCUACGGCCUGCAGUACCUGUUCCUGGAGCCGAACCCCGAGGACCCCCUGAACAAGGAGGCGGCCGAGGUGCUGCAGAGCAACCGGCGCCUGUUCGAGCAGAACGUGCAGCGCUCGCUGCGCGGGGGCUACGUGGGCGCCACCUACUUCGAGCGCUGCCUCAAGUGACCCCGGCGAGAGAAACCCCGCAGGAAACGACCCCAAAAACAUCCCACCCCCAACCCCCUUCCUCCCCCCCGCGCCGAGAAACCGAAUAAAAACCUGCAA